AUGAGUAGGCCAGAUUUUGUUUGGCAAAAGACUUGGAACUUUCUCUCCAAUGACGUACUAUAUGAACAGAGAAGAUUACUGCAAAUGGAAGAUUUGAUCAUGUCAGAAGUCCAAAUAAAAGAUAUUGCACUUGCAAAAAUUGAGGAUUUGCUCAAGUCAAAUGGCAGGUCAUUGAAAGAAUAUUGUGGAAUGCCAUAUCCUUCAGAAAAUUUGGUGUCCAGCUUAGAAGACAGAAUUAUAAUGGAAAAGUUGAACUUUGACGUUAAUGCUCUUGCGAAUAAACUAGGUGGGUAUUUAGAAAGGCUAACUAAUGAGCAAAAAUUUGCAUACGAUCAAAUAAUUGGUGCUGUUAGCGGUAAUAUGGGUGGACUUUUCUUCUUAUACGGUCAAGGUGGUUGUGGCAAAACGUUCUUAUGGUCAACUAUAUCAUGCUCAAUUAGGUCUAAAAGAGGUAUCGUUUUAAAUGUUGCUUCGAGUGGGAUUGCUGCACUUUUGUUGCCUAAUGGAAGAACUGCACAUUCAAGGUUUAAAAUUCCUUUGGCCAUAAAUGAGGAUUCUUUGUGUAGCAUUAAACAAGGAAGUCCUCUUGCAAGGUUAAUAUCCAAGGCCAAAUUAAUCAUAUGGGAUGAAGCUCCAAUGAUAAGUAAGUAUUGUUACGAAGCUUUAGACAAAUGCCUCAGAGACAUCUUAAAGUGCUCAAAUUCGUAUAAUGCUCAUUUGCCAUUUAGAGGUAAAGUUGUUGUUCUCGGAGGAGAUUUUAGACAAAUUUUACCUGUGAUUCAUAGAGGCUCAAGGCAAGAUAUAAUUCAGUCUUCUAUUAAUUCUUCAUAUUUGUGGCAUAACUGUAAGGUUUUGAAGCUUACAAAAAUCAUGAGAUUGUCACUAGAUGAAAACAACAACAUACAAGAACACAUAAAUUUUGCAGAAUGGCUACUCAAAAUUGGUGAUGGUUUGGCUGGUGAUACAACAGAUGGUGAAUCGAUCGUUCAUAUACCAUCUGACAUUUUGAUUAAGAACUCUGAGACAGCUUUGGAUGACCUCGUUGAUUUCGUGUAUCCAGAUAUGUUAUCCAAUUUAUCCGUUGAAAAUUAUUUCAAGGAUAGAGCAAUUAUUGCACCAACUUUGGAUUGUGUCAGUGAUGUCAACAACAAGAUGACUGUAGGAUUACCUGGACAUGAAAGAGUCUACUUAAGUUCAGACUCUGUGUGUGCUGAAGAGGGAAAUAUGAAAUUUGAGUUAGAUGCUUUCUCGCCGGAGAUUCUAAAUGGAAUAAAUUGUUCAGGUCUACCACCACACAAGUUGGUUCUAAAGGUUGGCGCUCCUGUUAUGUUGCUGCAGAAUAUAGACCAAACUAAUGGUUUGUGCAAUGGAACGAGGAUGCAAGUUAGAAGAAUGGGAAAUCAUGUGAUAGAAUGCAAGACUUUAACUGGUAACAAAGCUGGAAGUAUUGUUCUUAUCCCAAGACUGAAUCUAAUUCCAAAUAAUGAAACAUUGCCGGUCAGGUUUCAAAGAAGACAAUUCCCAAUUAUUAUGUCAUUUGCAAUGACAAUAAAUAAGUCUCAGGGACAAACUCUAUCGAAAGUUGGAAUUUACCUUCCAAGGCCAGUUUUCACCCAUGGUCAAUUGUAUGUUGCGUUAUCAAGGGUAACGAGUAAAGAUGGUCUGCGAGUGCUGUUGCAAGAUCAUGGACACUUGGAAGAUAACUGCACGAUGAAUGUGACGAGCAUAUUGCAAAAGGCAGGGUUGUGUGGGGCCAAGUGGGUGAAGAAGGUGUUCUACAAGAUUCGGAAUGCGGUUGUGUCAACUGGUGUGCAGUAUGAAACAUUUGUGAUAGGGUCAGACGAAGACAUGCAUGUUUUGUUUCAUUGUCGACGCAGUUUUUUGGAAGUGAGAAUACACGAGUUGUAUGCUAAGUUGGAAGAUGGUGUCGACAGGUUAGCUAGGUCACUUGGUUUGAUUCCUGGUCUUUCAGGUGAUGGUGAGCCGGAUCAUGUUGAAAAUGCGAUGCGAGAGAAUGAUUCGAAUGAUGAGUCAAAUCACAUAUUAGGGGACACUGAGGAGGAUACUCUUAGAAACCCACCAGCACGUCAGGGGCCAUCCAGUUCUGGGUCCACCAACAACUGCCACAUUUCUUGA